AGAAAAAGUCUUAACAUGUUUUCAUCAGAAAGAGCAAAUAUAUUAAUUUGAAACCCCUGUAACAUAAAGCGGCGAAUUUUUCUGAAAGUUUCCCUUCAGGAUUAUGAACUUUAAUUAAAAUUAAUGUGAUAUUAAACUUGUGGCAAUAUAUCUGUUUCAUGAUUUUAUUAGAAAUAAAUUAUGAAUUUUAUUUAACCUUAUGAUGUCAGGUCGAAGCAGUGACAGAAUUUCUUUAAUUUUAAUUUUAAAUUAAAUUUUAAUUUAAAUUUCUGUAACUGUAUUACAAACAGUCUGACGAAGAUAUAAAAAAUGCUGUGUCACGUCAUUAUGUCGGAAAGCCCUCAAUGACAUAUGCUGUAUCCUCUGAUAAAUGUGCUUGUAUAUAAUACAAACCAGAUUUAUCAAAAAUUUACUGUGCAAAACAAAACUCAAACCUACUUUUCACAAACAUAUUUAACGGAUACGGAUAACUAUAAGAGAGUCGUAGACACGGUGAGCGAAAAGGUAAAUGGCGCCGGUCUCAACGUUCUCUUCAACAACGCUGGUAUUUCCAGCAAAUUCACGCGUCUCGGCCUCGUGAAGAAACAACAGAUCAUCGACGCUUUCCUCAUAAACACCGUGGCGCCGAUUAUGCUAACAAAAGCUUUCCUGCCGCUGCUGAAAACAGCUGCGAAAAAUUCCGAGGAUAAAACGGGACUGAGCGUGAGAAGAGCAGCGGUCAUCAAUAUGACAUCUGUUCUGGGCAGCAUUGCCGAAAAUAACGACGGCGGUUUUUAUCCUUACAGAUGCAGCAAGGCGGCGCUUAACGCAGCGACAAAAUCGAUGAGCGUCGAUCUGAAGGCAGAUGGAAUUUUGGUGACGUGUUUACACCCAGGAUGGGUGCGCACCGAUCUGGGUGGCAGCAACGCUCCGAUGGACGUCGACACCAGCGUCAGCCGUAUUCUGGACACUUUGAACUCAUUGACGGAAGAACAAACCGGUUGUUUCGUGCAGUACGACGGUAAAAUACUGCCCUGGUAAUCAAUCAGUGGUCAAGUAAAAUGUUUAAUCAAAUAAAUCUUUUAUACAUAAUGUUGAA